AUGGUGGGCUGGCUGCUGCUGGAGGCCCCGCUGGAGUCUGAGCUGGAGGACUUUAUGCUCAGAGGUCACAGCAGCAGCAGCAGCGACCUGGCACGUGUGAUCAUGGACAGAAGCAGAGUGUCGGACUUCAGCAUCGAGCGCAUCCUUUCCCCGCAGCUCGGACUCAAACCGCCGGGGAUGGAGUUUUCACCGGACGGACGUCUCCAGGGGAUCCCCGCCGGGUUCAGCCUGGACUCCGGGAACUUCAGGCCUCCUGCGCCGGUCCCGGUCCCGGUGCCGGUGCCAGGCUGUCUGCAGUACCGAGGGAUGAGCUAUGGAGAGGCGUUUUACCCCUACGGAACCGGUUUGCAUCAGACAGACUUCACGAGCAUUUAUCCAAACUCCGGAGUGUAUGUGCACUUCAGCAGCCAGGACUCUGCAGAUGCUCAGCAGUGGGCUGGUUACCGUGGUUACCAUCGGGUUGGGGUGUCCGCGCACCCGCAGCUGCGUCAGAAGGCCCGGAUGAGGACGGUGUUCACAGACGGUCAGACCAAGCGGCUCGAGUUGCUGUUCGAGCUCACCGACUACCCGGCGAUGGAAGCGCGCGCUGAGGUGGCGAGGAGCAGCGGGCUGAGCGAGGAGACAGUCAGGGUGUGGUUUAAGAACCGCAGAGCCAGGAGGAAGCGGCAGCGCGGCGGGUCAAAGGUCAAAUCUCCCUCUCCUUCCCCAAGCGCUGGAGCAGAGAAGAAGUUCUUCACCUCCUUCCUCUGA